AUGACGGGCCCUUCGCCGCUGCUUCGGACGGCGCGCGUGUUGCGCAGCCACAGGCCGGCGCAGUUUGUCUGCUGGCAGUGCCGCAGCAUCCAGAUCAGCGCGACGCCCAGCACGUCAACCGGAGCGGGAGACGCUUUUGGCGCAAUCGACAGCCUGAGGGACACGGCCGAUGCCCGAUUCGAAGUCAUUGGCUCGCCGUAUUCGCUGCUCUCCGUCUCGCUAUCCGCCUCGCAGCGGCUUUAUACACGGCGUGGGACGCUGGUCGCCGUGGCGGGGAAUCCAGACAAUGCACAAUCGACUCUCUCGCUACUAAACCCCCUCUCGCGGGCGCCGUUUGGCGUCCCCUUCCUCUACCAGCGCAUCUCAGCCACUUCGCCGAUUACGGCGCUCAUCUCGACCAAAUCCCCCACCACGACGUUUACGAUCCUGCACCUGGACGGCACGACGGACUGGAUGGUGACCCAACGCAAUGCUGUGCUGGCCUGGACGGGCCACACACUGUCUCUUUCAUCGCGCAUCCAGAGAAGGCUCUCGAUGGCGCAUUGGGGUAGCACAUUCGUCACUGGGCGUGGGCUGGUGGCUCUAUCAGCGCCUGGGCAGAUUUACCAACUGCAUCUCUCCGAGGGCGAGGAAUUUGUCGCCCACCCCGGCAGCGUCGUCGCCUACUCUGUGACCAAACACCAGCCCUUGCCGUUCCGGUUCAAGAGCGCCAGUCUACGACUUCAAAUUCCCUCCCUCACGUCCUGGAUCCCCGAAACAGAUUUCAUGAAGAAGGUCCGGGAUUCGCAAGUCUACAAGUACCUUGCUCGUACUCUCUACAGCCUCCGGACAAUGACCCGCCGGACCAUCUGGGGUGACCGACUGUUUUUGCAUUUCAAGGGGCCGAGCACCAUUAUCAUGUCCAGCCGAGGCGUGCGCGUUGUCGACAGCCUCACCAACGAGCAGGUUAACGAAAUUGCCGACGCGCAAGCCGGUACACUGGCAUCCGCACUGGAGCUGUCCAACAAGCCCCAAGAUGCACAGCCCGCGGCGAAAGUUGACGAGGUUGUUGACGAGGUCCCCGGGAUUGUCGUGGAACAACCAACAAACAAGGAUGGAAAAGUAGCGUUUGAAGACAAGAAGACCUUGAAAGAAUUCAUUCAAUGA